UAUUUAUUCCAGCAGUCCCAUCAUCACAGCUGCGACCUCUUCGAGUAUUCCAUCUCUCGUAAGUUCCAUUUCCACUGCCUUCACUCUUCCACUUCUGUGACCCACCCACCUACCUAUUUCUCCUGUUUGAGGGUCGGAGCUCUGCGGCGCCAUCUGUUGCUCCUCCUCCGUGCAUGCAGGACUCGUCACUUCCAUGUUAAUAUUCUUCUCUGCUUCACCUACUUCCCAUACACUCCACUCCUCCUGCUCUCUCUCUUCUUCUCAUUUUUAAAAAAAGCCAUUCUUUCGUUCUCUUCCAGUUUCCAUUUCUCCCACAGACCUCUCCUCUGCUCCUCCGAUCAUGUUGAAUCUCAUUGUCCCCAUAUUCUCUCUCUCCAUCCAUCCAAAAUCCAAAUUUAAGCAAUCGAAUCCUCUUCCACUCCGAGAUUUCUCUGCAAAAUCCAAUUUUUAAGCAGUCAAAUCCUCUUCCACGGCUGCAGUCCUCGCAAAAAUCGAGUCUUUCCUCAUGCGCUGCCCCCAUUCCUUCCAAAAGUGCGAUCCUUAUCACCGCGCCCAUUUCUGACCUCUCCUCCACUAUUUCAGCAAGGAGGAGGAGAAGAAGAAGGGUAUGUCGGACGCUGAUCUCUCCGAGCCCACGGCCAUCUUUGGCCUCCACUUGUGGGCGGUGGUAGGCAUCUGCGUUGGCGCUGCCUUCGUCCUAUUUCUGUUCUUGCUCUCCCUUUGGUACGCCUCCAAGCGCAGGACAGGCCCCACGAUUCCUAACAUCUCCAAAGAAAUCCAGGAAGUCGGCGCCGACCACCCUUCCCGCCCCUCCGGUCCCAAGCCCUUCGCCCAGUUCCUCCUAAACCCCCCCUCCGAUUCCCAGCCCUCUGUUCUCCUCCCUGUCAAGCGGCAGUCGGAGGAGGAGGCCCCAGCUGGGCUCCAGAAAAUCCGUGUGGAAACCGGGAAGGACCAUCGGAUCACCUUCCCGGAGCGCAGGAGCGGCGGUGGAUCGUCGCAUGGGAGCGGCGAGAACCGAUUACUGGAGCAGGCCUCACCGGCCGUCCCCGAGGUCUCUCACUUGGGGUGGGGGCAUUGGUACACCCUUAGGGAGCUCGAGGCGGCAACCAAUAUGUUUGCCGAUGAGAAUGUGAUCGGAGAAGGCGGGUAUGGGAUUGUGUAUCAUGGUGUUUUGGAGGACAACACUCAAGUUGCUGUCAAGAACUUGCUCAAUGACAGGGGUCAAGCUGAGAACGAAUUUAAAGUAGAAGUAGAAGCAAUCGGUCGUGUUCGACACAAAAAUUUAGUGAGAUUGCUAGGGUAUUGUGCAGAAGGAGCUCAUAGGAUGCUCGUAUAUGAGUAUGUGGAUAAUGGCAACUUAGAGCAGUGGCUUCAUGGGGAUGUUGGACCCAUAAGCCCGUUGACGUGGAAGAUUCGGCUGAACAUAAUACUUGGAACAGCUAAAGGGUUACUGUACUUACAUGAGGGACUUGAGCCGAAGGUUGUUCACCGUGAUAUUAAAUCGAGCAAUAUAUUGCUUGAUAGGCAGUGGAAUCCCAAACUUUCAGAUUUUGGCCUCGCUAAGCUCUUGAGCUCCGAGAGGAGCUAUGUUACAACGCGCGUGAUGGGAACAUUUGGUUAUGUGGCACCUGAAUAUGCUGGCACUGGUAUGCUGAAUGAAGCAAGCGAUAUUUAUAGUUUCGGGAUUCUUAUUAUGGAGAUAGUUUCUGGUCGGAAUCCAGUUGACUAUAAUAGGCCUCCAGGAGAGGUUAAUCUGGUAGAGUGGCUGAAGACAUUGGUUGGUAACCGCAAUUGUGAAGGAGUUUUGGAUCCAAAAAUGCUCGAGAAACCUUCUUCAAGGGCAUUGAAACGGACGCUCUUAGUAGCACUGCGCUGUGUGGACCCUGAUUCACAAAAGAGGCCAAAGAUGGGUCAUGUGAUACAUAUGCUUGAAGCUGAUGAUUUCCCAUACCGAGAUGAUCAUCGGGCUGGACGAGAUCCAGGGCAAACUUAUCGUGUCUCUCCACAGGCAAAAGCAAGAAUAUUAGAAAAACCAGUGACGGAAAGAGAUAAUGGCAGUGGCAUUGAGAAUGGCAACCACGUCGAUCAGCCUGCUAGGUGGAGGAAGCAAGAGGAAUAGCUGAGUUUCAGCAUUCACUUGGAUAUCUAUUUAAGGUCUGGUAUGCUUCAUUAACUCAAAUAUUAAUUAUGCAAAUAUUGUUCCUUUUUUUCUGUAAAUGUGGAUCAUUUGGAGUACAUGCUUAAAGGCUUGUAAAGUUUUGGGCACCUUUCAUUCUA